UUGACGCGGUUGCCUUACCUCAGCAUGUUCACUACGCGGUGGAGCGACGCUUCCUCCUCAGAAGAUGAGGCGAACUGGCCACCGCCAGGAAGGCGCAGACGACAUCCUGCAGGAAACUCGAACGACAACGAAAGCGCGUAUUCGGAUGGCUCGAAUUCCUGCAUUUCUAAGCUGCUGGACAGCCCGGGCAUAACCUUUCGUGAUGAGAACAAAUCCUUUAUCAGAUACUUCGCAAAUGAUGACUACAAGCAAAAAGACUUUUUGUCGGACAGUCGGUUAGGAGCAUCAACAGCCUCCAGCGGAUUUUAUUCUCAGCCACCUGCCCAUUCAUUGGGACGUAUGGAUUCUUCCUAUUUUCCAUCACCGUACCGCCCUGAGCAACCUGAACUUUCCCCUGAUUGGCUUUCCAGGUUCGACCAGUUCAAUUUAGAUCCCGAGUCUCCAGAGCAUGUGACCCGUUCCCCUAGUCUUCCCCCGUCCAGUCCGCUUAUGCUACGGCGGUUCCUCAGUUCCCAAGCCCCCACAUCCAGGACAGAUUGUUCCUAUUCCUGUCCAUCACGGAGGUUUAACACUUCUCCGGAUGAAGAUGCCUUCCGGACUCACACUACAUGA